AUGGCUGAAGACUACUUAUAUUCAACUUCAACAAAUCCAGAGCUGGUACGUGAUUCAGUUCUCUAUGAUAUAGAUCGCAUGUUAAAACAAUUAGGAAAGAGUGUCAAUGACUUCGACUUACCUAAAAUAAACUUGCGAUUGGAUGGAAAUGCACAAGUAGCUAGAGCCAUACAUGAUGAAUUAUCAGCACCAGUGCCCCCUGAAGACGUGCAUUGUGCAGAGCAUCUUAAUGACGACCAACGGUCUUCAUUUGAUAUCAUAAUGGAAGCUAUUGAUGCAGAGAAUGGUCGAAUUUUCUUUAUAGAUGGUCCAGGUGGGACAGUAGCCAACUCAGAUAUUGCUGCCACACUAUUGCAUCGAGGAAAAACCGCUCAUAAAACUCUUGGUAUUCCGGUUACGCUGCAUGCUUCGUCAACUUGGAAGUUUAGUAAACAAGAUGUAGAGGUGCAAUUGGUCAAGUAUGCAGCUGUCAUUAUAUGGGACGAAGCAACAAUGACUCAUCGACAUGCGUAUGAAGCAAUUGAUCGUAGUUUAAGAGAUCUAACAGGGGUUGAUGUUCCCUUUGGCGGCAAAGUCGUAGUGUUUGGUGGAGAUUUUAGACAAGUUUUACCCGUUGUACCAAAAGGAACAAAGGCUCAAACUAUAGAUGCGUGUUUGGUCAGGUCAACACUAUGGAGACAUGUUCAGCUACUCCAUCUCACUCAAAAUAUGAGAUCGAUACAGGAUCCUGAAUUUGCAGCCUUUCUUUUAAGAGUUGGAGAUGGAUGUGAGCCUACAGUUGAUGAAGACAUGAUAAAGUUACCAUCUUCAAUAUGA